UAAGUGUAUAAAGAUCCCGUCUCGUGUCCAGAUCGACGCAUUGGUCGUCAAGGCUUUCGGUGACGCAACCGCUAUUAUCAGAGCCUGGUCUUACGACUUUUUAAAGAUGAGCGAUAACAUUUCUCAACUCGAGGCCUACGUUAGUGCCUGGGCAUGGAAAUAUCACAUUGCACCCUGUUAUCAAACAAAAUACAGCUUUGGCGAUUUCGAAUUCCAAGUAGAUUUCGAAAAUGUCGACUUUGUUUUCGAGAAACCAACAUUUAAGUACAAGAAGUCCCCAAUGUUAGACCCAAAGGUAGUGUUUAUGACAAACUACAAAAACGACACCGACGUUGCUCAAGAAAUGACCGUCCGCGUCCAGCGUACGACAUCCGCUACGGCAAGAAUCAGGAUGAAGCAUGGCUUCGCUGCGGACAACGGAGUUGGUAUAAAGCUCCGCGCACCACCGGAAGUAGACAGUGCGUUCGGAGCAUACCUGCCUGUCCAGACGGAGGAACGGAGUGACCUAAGUCACAGCAUGACCUGGAAAUACAACUCCAAGAUCACAGCCGCUCCGCGGAGGACAACAGUGGCCAAGUUCGAGGUCAACGAGCAGAGACUGGCCUGUGACUUUUCCACGUACGUACGUCUGAGAGGGGUGGUCAAAGUGACAGUUGUUCACAAGAAAUCAGGAACUACUAUUGAAACCAUCAACGAAAGCAUCAGAACGAUCCUCGAUGAAUUACUACCCAGAGCAACUGAAUAUGAUCCACGAGAGAACAUAAUUUGGCUUAAAGACCAGGAAGCAAGAUGGCCGUUUCGAGGUGACAUAACCUUCAACUAUGGAAUAUCCCAAAACGAGGUUGUUGAGUGAACCUCUUGGUGAACAGACAAGCACAGCUGCACUGCAAAAUGUAUGAUGUGACAAAUUUAUAAUGGCCGAAGACUCCGAUUAAAUACUCGUAUCAACUGAUUGAAAGACACUGGACUAAUGACACUUUGUUCUGGUAAUUGGCACGAAUCCAAGAUAGCAACACUUGAACUUAUGUCACAGCAAAGAUUCCGCGGAACUGUUGACUCCGAUCAAUACUGCCCAGUGAUGUUUAUUGUGACUGUUAACUUAUUGUACAUUAUACGGUAUUCUCGUACUAUUACUCCUUAUUCGUGUUGUGGCUUAUCAUCUUUACAAAUGAGGUAUAUAAAAAGCGAUGUUGUGUGAGAUGUUUUCGAAGUUAAAGUUGUACAUAUCCAUGUGACUAUUUUAAUGUUGAUACGGUAGCAGUAGCCUUUUGACUUAUUUCCACAGUUUUGUUUAAUCGAGGGAAACGUGUAGAUAAUAAAGGAUAGAACUAUU